GGAUCCAGUACAACACGAAAAACAAACACGGGUCCUUCUGGGAUGCUGCCUCACUCAGCAGCUUCCGCAACCGGACCCAGUGUCUGGUUGAUCAGUACAAUCGCUACCUAUACGAGCCAGCGGGCAUGCAUGUGAAUGGAUCUCUGACUUUGGAUGCCAACAUCGCCGACAAUGGGGCAAUCAAGCUGGCAUAUAAUCUAUACAGCAAAAAUUUGCAGAUAAAUGGAGAGGACCUGCGACUUCCCAGUGUGAUGUUAUCACCUGAUCAACAGUUUUUCGUGAAGUAUGCUCAG